AUGACUGAGAAAACCGGAGUGCAGUGGGAAGAUGUGUUUUUGAGGAAGAAUGGCCCCAAACAGAGCAACCUCUCAGACUCUAGACAGAAUAACCUCUCAGACCCUAGACAGAACAACCUCUCAGACCCUAGACAGAACAACCUCUCAGACUCUAGACAGAGCAACCUCUCAGACUCUAGACAGAACAACCUCUCAGACUCUAGACAGAACAACCUCUCAGAACCUAGACAGAACAACCUCUCAGAACCUAGACAGAACAACCUCUCAGACUCUAGACAGAGCAACCUCUCAGAACCUAGACAGAACAACCUCUCAGACUCUAGACAGAGCAACCUCUCAGUCUCUAGACAGAAUAACCUCUCAGACUCUAGACAGAGCAACCUCUCAGAACCUAGACAGAACAACCUCUCAGAACCUAGACAGAAUAACCUCUCAGACAGACAGAAUAACCUCUCAGAACCUAGACAGAACAACCUCUCAGACUCUAGACAGAGCAACCUCUCAGAACCUAGACAGAAUAACCUCUCAGAACCUAGACAGAACAACCUCUCAGACUCUAGACAGAGCAACCUCUCAGUCUCUAGACAGAACAACCUCUCAGACUCUAGACAGAGCAACCUCUCAGAACCUAGACAGAACAACCUCUCAGAACCUAGACAGAAUAACCUCUCAGACAGAGCAGGGAGCCAAUCAGAGGUUCACGUUGUCUCCCGGGCAGAGCAGGGAGCCAAUCAGAGGUUCACGUUGUCUCCCGGGCAGAGCAGGGAGCUGAUCAGAGGUUCUGUUCACGUUGUCUCCCGGGCAGAGCAGGGAGCCCAGCAGUAUAGACGAGGAGGAUCAGGAGAUGAAUCAGGAUAA